AUGGAAGAUGAUGAGAAUCUAGGUCGGUGGCUGCAGGCAUAUGACGAGCUUCGUGCUCGAGCAGUGGAGCACCCGAGCGUGCUGGUGGAGUCAUUGCCAGACUUGCACAUGGCUCCCCCUUCCCAGCAUGAUGGCAGCCAGCGCAACACUGCUCGCAGCCAGAGCCAGUGCUUAGCGAGCUACCAGGCUGUUAUUGCUGCCUGGACUCCAAACCUGGGAUUUGGCUUGAACCUUGGCGUGCCAAGCUGCGUGCUCGAGGAGGACGAAGAAGACACGCCCAAGUCCAUGGACGCAUUCAUAGAGGACUUGCGCCAACGCCACAAUGCUGUUGCUGGAUGCUUCUCCGAUGACGCCAAGAGCGAGCUCCUGCUAACCAAGGUCUUCGCUCUGCUGCUUGGUGAGCGGUACCGGUCCCACGGUGGGGUGCUUUUCCAGUAUAGUCAGGGAGCAUGGAGCCCCGCUGCCGGCAGCAUUUCUGCAAUGGACUUGGAAUAUAUCCUCUACGCGCUGCGGCGGGCGCAAGCCUACUUUGGCUUGCUCAGCCGUUACAAGCCUUCGAGAGAUUUCUCCGACGUUUGCUUCGAAGUGCGUGUCUUGCAAGCGCUGCCCGAGGAUGCCCUCUUAGAGUGGCAGCUCAAUGACAUUGUCGGCAAAAGGGCCGCAGAAAAGUCCAGGCAGUGGUACGUGGGGUCCAGCGACCUUUGCCGAGAGAUGCGAAAGAUCUUCUCAGAGCAUAACAAGGCCGUGGUCAAGAACUUCAGCCGCUGGGCAGACUCUGACAUGGGAGGGAAACAGCGUGCAGGGGUUGCAUUCAGGGACUGCUUCCUUGCUGUCUGCAAUGGGGAAGUCAAGCAGCUGCGGAAGGACCCAAGACAGGGAUGCUACGUGUAUGUUCCUGCUGCUCUGACGUGGCAAGCGCCAGACCAUGCGCGGCAGCGUUUGGCGAGCCUGCUCCUGUCAUCCUUUGCGGGCGGGGAUGGGCUUCGCAUGCUGCUGGCCCAGUCAGCCUUGGUGGCAGCCCGUCUGCGCCAGCCAGACUUGAUGAAAGCGUGCUGGGGCUCUGGCUUUGGUCAUCCGUCCAGCACGCUCCAAGUGGAUCGAGAAUUUCAGCAGCAAGGGCUUCACUUCUUGCACUGCGUCAUGCUCACCUUCGAUGAAUGCCGCCGUGACCACGGGCUAGCUGAAGAUGUGCUGAAGGUCUUCGUGGGCGGAGGGAAAAUGCCGCUGCGGAAGAAUCACGAGGCCGACACCAAGUAUGCAUCCUGGGAAUUCUGCGGCAAGAACUGGUGUAUGAACGUCGGGGACGUGCCCGCGGUGCCUACCGCAGAGGAGCGCAGCCAUGCUCGGCGGAUCCGUUGUUGCUUUAUGCGCAGCUCCUUCAGCAACCAGCCAGAGGAAAUAGAUGUGCAGCGGAAAGUCUUUUUGGCAGACCCAGAAGCCAAGCAGUUCUGCGCUUCGAACCAUGCGGUCUGGUCCUUCUACCACGACUGGCUGUUUCCUUUCAUGCAAAAGCAUCCGCCCAGCGAGUGGGGUCAAAUGCUGGAGUUCUGCCCUGAAGGAAGCCAAGCUGCCAAGGACACCAAGUGGCUGCUCCAACGCAUGGCUCGAGCCACGACAGCUGCUUCCCCAGAUGAGUUGCGCGACAAUGCCCCGCAACCAAUUGGCGGGGCACCUGCGGAGUCCUUUGGGCAGGCCGGGGCUGUAGGACAAGCGCAGCGACUUGUCCUCGAGACACACGCAGCUAUUUCCGUUGAGUUUUUCACGCCCCACCUCAUCAACCGCACGGCAGUGCCGAGCAAUCCCGGGACAGCUUCGCUCAAGAGCAAGGGAGGUGAAGCCAUCCUCAGAUUUCAGCGGCGGCCUUUGGUGGUGGAUCGGGUGGACGACGCUCUUCGCCGCAGCUGCGAGUCCCCGGAAGAUGUCUUCGGAAGUUGGUCGGACUGGAAAUGGCCUGAGACUCAGCCUGCGGAGCCCUCGUGGGAUGAGUUGUGCGACGGGCAGGAGCCUGAGCGCUUUGAGAAUGGACCUGCGUGGGAGUGCCGCUGCUUUUUGCACCUCGCAAGGCUGCGCGAGUAUGCGCGCAGAGGGGACGAUCGGCGACAGGACCAGCUCUUGAAUUUCCUGGAAGCAGUGGAGCGAGCUGGUGCGAUCGAAGGAGAUCACGCCACAUUUGCGCAGAAGGGGCGGCAGAAAGUGGUGGCUGGCAAGCCUCUGGGACGCUUCUUCUUCCCCCACGCGAGCCUGCCAAGCCUGACCCGCGAAGCUCGCGCUGCUUGCAGCCCAGAUGGCACGGUGGAGUUCGACCAGCCCAACGCCAUUGUCCACUUCAUAGUCGAGAUUGCCAACGAAGUUGGGAAGCUUGUUCCAUGCAUGACCCGGUACAAGGUGCACAAGCAAGCGUGGCGAGCAGCUGUGGCGCGGUACUACGGCGUAGACGACCAGUCAGCCAAGACCUUGCUACUGAAAGCCUGCUUUGGCUUUGCGUUUCCACCGUCUGAGCAAGCUGACCUCGGCACCAUGGAGCGGCUUGCAAUGGAGCACUUCGUCGCCAAGCUCACUGAGAUUGGCUGGCUCCUCGUUGCGCCAGUUUACGACGCUGUCCUCGCAUGCCCAGCUGAAGGCACAUUGCCUGGUGUGCAAGAUGCCUUGCUGCAAGAGUUUGCAGAUGAUACCGGGAUUUACAUGCAAGUGAAGCCAGUGCGCCAGCAAGAGCACCAGCAUGGUGCUUGGGCGUCUCUUGGCGCAAGACUGGCUGACAUGCUGCAGAGCGGUCCGCCGGUGUUGGAGGAGGGAGGCAUUGAAGUCGUGCCAGGGCGCAACAUGUGCUUGCCCUCUGCGUUAGUCAACUUGUUCCCUGGCUCCAUCACAGCAGGCUUGUUCCAAGAUUGCUCAGGGCCCUUCACGUACCAGCAGUGCGUAGAAGUAUGCCCGAGCCUCACUCUGGAACCCGUGAGCAUUGAUCAAGUCCGUGCCCUGGGCGUCGGCAAGUUCCUUGCGCACGAGCCGGCGGCUGGCGGCGAAGCUCACGCUUACGGCAUCCUCUUGGUGCACAACACUGCCACCAUUUUUAACAGCAACCGCCCGCGUGCGAUCAGUGUGCCUCAUUCACUUUUGUGGACCUUGCUCGAUGAAACGCAAGGCCUUCAAUUGUUCAAGGCUGACAUGAACUUGCUGGAGCACAAGGCCAAGAGGCGCAGGCUUGCGCGGCAACCUGCGUCUCUCCAACAGCAAGCAGGCAUGGACGCGGAGCUGGCGGAGGACGCAGACCAGCGUGUCAUGGACCACGUGGCGGCCAGCAUGGACCUGGAAGUUCGACAGUUCAGGCAAGAAGUUCCGACCUUGCAGGGCGGACCGUUUGCCUGCAAGCUGUGUCCUUUCCGAAGCUUUGCUCGCAAGGACAGAUUGCUUGCGCAUGUGAUCAAGUACCAUGCGAAGGGAAAGCUCUUCAUUGCUAACAGCCGGUCUCAAGCGCAGUGGAACUUGGCGCUGGCUUUGCACGAGCAAGACCAGGCCUUGUCCUUCCUCCGGCCGCCUAUGUAUUCUGGAAGCCUGCUGCAAGCUUCUGCAAGCAUCAUUCGGCGCGUCUUGGAGUCGAACAAUGACAUUGACAUGGUCAUGGUCCUUACAGCCACCGGGCCCAAGUGCCUUCUCAAGACUCACACGGUCAACUGUGCACGGCUGCACAAGAAGGUCUACUAUGACCACACCUUGGCGAACCUGCUCCUGAGCCUUGCGCUGAAACAUGUGGGGAAGAUCCAGACCAUCUAUCAGGAGCUUGCGACGCACUUCGUCUCCCAAGGCUGCCCCUGUGCUUUGAUGGGCCUUCGCAACAGAAGCACAAGGGGGAGAUUGCUGGAAGACAUCUUAAGCAAACAGCCAGUUCAAGAGCUGCAUGCUGAGCUGCUCGCACAGGCCACGCGGAAGGGUGAGUGGGAGGUCAUCAGCCACGACGCAACCUUCAAGACCUUGUUUGCUAUCAUUGGCCAGGACAAGAUGGCGCAGCGAGAGGGUGAACUCCACGCACUGCACACCAUUGUGGGCAAGACCGGCGCGGUGCCAGGCAUGAGCAUGCAAGCCACCGAAGGCAGGGCUUGUUUCAAGCGCCUGUCUGGCAAUAUUGCCCGAUGCUGCUCGGGCCUCCACGAGAUGGAUGCUUUGCACUUGGUGCUACGCUUAGAGGCCUGCUUUGGCGAAAAAAGGCCAAUGCCCGCGCCAGUUUACCAUGGAGAAGCUGCUCCCUGCGGAGAGGAAGGAAGGUGGAGCGCCAGGAAGGAGGCCCUUGCGAAGCCCGAGCGGGACUUGCGAGCCUACUCCAACACGCCAUACAACAGCCACCAGGAAUACGUGGACGACCUCCUGGACAUAACGCUGAAGUUUCCUACGGACAUGUCCCGCAAAGAUUGCAAAGGCAGGUCUGCCAAACAGAUCCUGAUGUCGGGGGCAGCCUACAGGCACUUCGCGUACCUCCGCAAUGGGAACCACAUCGCCAGCCAGUUCUCAGCAGCAGAGACGCAGCUCAGUGCUUGGGGCACCACUGGGAACGAAGCCUUGCAUUUCCAGAUCAACAAUGCCCGCCGAACAGUAUUGCAGCAGCACCACGAAGCCAUCCCGCCAAUGCUCUUCAGCUUUGCGCUGCAGAAGAUGAUGGCCCACAACUCUGCUGCCUAUGCGCCGACCCUUGCCCAGAGGAGCCAGGCAGAAUUGCUUAGUCUCCUUCGCGGACACCUUUCGGCUUGCUUCUUUUCCAGUUUUGGCGACCGGGCAAUUCCGCCCCUGACCAACCGGGACGAAGCGAGACGGCCUGCGCGCGCCCUGGACCAAGCCAAGACUCAGCGUGCCAAAGCCGUGGCGGCAUCUCAACGCCGGAGGUGGGGCCAGCACGCUGCCAAGCUUGAGCGAAGGCGUGCCAAGAGAUCUGUGCCUGGGCCACCGCGCAUCAAACGCACAGUGUUCACGAAGAGGAAGCAGCCCCGACUGCAUCGGACAAAAGGGCAAUGA